GGUCACUUUAAUACACUCAAAGGUUUGACUGCUGUAACCGUGGUCUGGUAUGACCAGUAGCUUAAGGUCUGGUGGUGAGGCAGCAGUAUUCAGCGCCAGGGGGGGCACUGUGAUGUCUGUACUAUCUGCUCAGCAAGGUGCUGCCUCUAUGCAAGCUGUGGAGAUGACUGAAGACUACCUGCUGCUCUUCUGCAGAUAUCCAUACAAGGCGGCCAGUGAAAUCAUUCACAUCGAGCUCUUCAGCACUGACUCCUUCCUCUACCUGCGGUCUGUACUGGGCUGCAGCCAGGACUGUAUUUCCCACAUCGCUGUCAACCGGGCGGGCACUCACGUUGUGGCCUUUUGCCCCUCCCAACGCACUGGCAUCACUGAGCUGGUCACCUGGAACCUGGAGACAGAGGACCACAAGCACGUCACUCGUUUCCCCGCAGCACUGACCAAAGGCCUGUGCUUUGAUCUGCGCCUCUGCGUGGGGAUCUGCAGCGGAGAGAAGUACCUUCGCCUGUGGGAUCUGACCUCCAGGAUCAGCGACCAGACUCUUACCUAUAACAUUCAUAAGCUCCGAAGUGACGGCACAGAGGAGGUCAUCCCUAUGGGGAGAAGCCAGAGGUAUGCUGUGUGCCGCUCCAUCAGAGCUGGGACGGUGUAUGUGUGGAACUUGACCAGACGGCGUUUCGUCUGCCGACCAGUCAGAGUGGAGCACGGCCUCUGCGGCAGCACUGAUGUAGUGCUCGCACAGGACUUAAAGCUUUACAUCCUGACAAACAGAAGCACAGUCCGCAGCGUGGACGCCCCCUCAUGUGGUUUCCAGACUCUGCUGGUGUAUGAUCUGAUUAAGAGGCGCUAUGUGAGGAGACUGACUGGGAUCACAGUUGUUCCCUGUCCUCAGCAUGAGUACCGUCUUCUGGAGGAUGGGCAGACUCUUCUUGGCCUAUCAGAGAACAGAGAUCAUAUGAUCCUUUGGGAUCUGGAGUCUGGCGUUAUCAAACAUGAGAUCAAACCAUCCCACAGAGAGUCGCUUGUGAGCAGCAGCGGCAGCAGCAGUGUCCAAGACCUGCAGCCUGACGUGACACCGCAGAGAGAGGCAACACUGAUGCCGUGGGACAUUCGGACAGAGAGGCAGUCCGCGAAGAAGAGGAGGCUGGAGAGAGAGGCGCAGAGGAAGAAAGAGGCAAUGAGGAGGCUGGACAGAGAGAAAUACAACUGUAUAGAUCAGUACCUCCUCAGUGAAGAUGAACAGGUGGUGGUGUGCUCCUAUUUUGCCCACCACCUCAAUGUCUUCAGCAUGGUUUCGCAGGAACACCUCCACACUCUGGAGGAUACAACAUCACUGCUGAGCCUCCACACUUCAGCUAUCACCCACAGCGGCAGCCACCUGGUGCUGACCAGCUACAACCAAGAGCAGAGGACUCCUUGCAUCACCCUGUGGGACCUGCACAAAGGAACGGUGAGGGAAAGACUGAGGAAUGAGGCUGGCGUCUGCUGCGUGGCGAUCACAGACAGUACAGACAGAGUUGUGUUUGGGGUCACAGGAAGCAACAGGCUGAAAGUCUGGGAUACCAUCAGCAGACGCCACAGGAGCAUCUGUGGCUAUAGAAACCUGACAAUGGAAGUCUCCAGUAAGCUGUACAUGAUGGAGGGAGGACGCAAAGCCAUUCUGCUGUCAGGACAGUUGAGCCUGUGGGACCUGGAGGCAUGCAGCAUCCUGUCGGUGCUCUCUCUGGAUGCACAUGUCGGCUGUAUGAGGCUACUUCGUGGGCCAGAGAUCUGCGUCCUGCUUGGCCUCAGCCACGGCCCGGCCCUCAUCAGCAUCAGGCCAACGUCCAGGACUGUCGGCUCAGCCAGUCGAGUCUCUGCAGAGGGAGACCUGUUUGGAGAGUCCAGCAGCAGUGAAGAAGAGGAGGAGGACUCGUAG